UACUGCACGGCGGAGGCGUAUUUCUCGGUGAAGGAGGUUAAUUUGGGGAUCGCCGCCGAUCUUGGGACUCUGCAGAGGCUGCCGGCGAUCGUCGGGUACGGGAGGGCGGCGGAAUUGGCGUUGACCGGCCGGAACUUUUCGGGCCUGGAGGCUAAGGAAUUGGGCCUCGUUUCUAAAUCGUUCGCUUCCAAGGAGGAUCUCGACAAUGGAGUGACCAAAAUUGCUGAAGAAAUAGCAUCAAAAUCUCCCCUGGCUGUGGUGGGAACGAAGGCAGUGUUACUAAAGAGCAGGGACCUGAGCGUGGAACAAGCCUUGGAUUAUGUGGCCACUUGGAACUCAGCAACGCUGUUCUCAGAUGAUAUCAAAGAGGCAGUCUCCGCCCAUGUUCAUAAACGCAACCCUGUUUUUGCCAAGCUCUGAUCCCAACCCGACUUUUAGGAAUGUAAGUGAUGUAUUGAUUAAUUGAACUAUAUUCGUGUCGGCGUGUCUGUUCUACUUAGUGUUGAUCUUGAAACUUCCAUUCUAUGAAUUAUAAAUUUGGCGUUUGUUGUUCA